CCCAAUCUGCCCAAUUUCGCGCGCUCCCCCGCCCAAUUGCCUCCCUCGACCGGCCGGCGGGCGCGCGGCGGCGGAAUCCAUCCCUAAUGCCUUCUUGAUGUAGCGUAGCUCGGAGGGGUUGACGACGCCGGCCGAAGCAGCAGCAGCAGGAGAAGGCAGGGCAUGUCGGGAGGGGGAGCAGGAGGAGGGAGCUCCAUCUCCGGGGGCAGCUUCCCCGCGGGCACGCCCAGGGGCGCGCCGUCGACGGAGCCGCCGUCCCUCGCGCAGUACCUCCCGCUCGACCCGCUCCCCGUCGGCGACCACAAGCACUCGCGCGCCGCCGAGCUGCGGCGGGCGCUCGCCGACUCAGCGGAGCCGCCGUUCGCGCUCAAGCCGCUCCCGCCCGCCGCCACCGAGGAGCUCCGGCGGAUCCGCGGGGCCGUCGCCGAGUCGUCGGCCAGGGCCAAGGACAGGGCCAAGUCGAUGCACGACUCCCUCCAGAAGCUGGACAAGUACCAGAACGUCGUCACCCGGCGCCGGCAGAGGAGCAGCGCCGAGAGGUCGUCGGGGAGCAUGUCGGGUUCGCUCAGGAUGGGGGCGCAGAACAGCGGGGAUGCGCCCGUCCAGAGGCUCGAGGAGAGGGCUAAGAGCGCCACCAUGAGCAAGCGUGUCCGCUCCUCGCUCACCGCAGAUGCACGGUUGGAAGGGCGUGUUAAUGUUUCUACAAGGCAAGGUCCUUUGGUAGACACUGAGAAAAAUCCGCCUUUGGAGAAGGAAAAACUUUCUGUGAGAAAUGUCAAUGCUACAGCUGGGUUUUCCGAAGACAAAUUAGUACGAGGCCUAGCUCCUGGUGGUGAAGGAUGGGAGAAGAAAAUGAAACGCAAGCGUUCUGUUGGAACUAUGCUCAAUAGAGGCAGUGAUGUGGACCGAGAUGUUAAACCAUCAGUUCAACAUAGAUCAAGCAGUGAAGUACGAGGACGUUCUAGUGAUGCUCUUCCAUUUAGACAUGGACCUUCUGCUGGAGCAUCUGGAGGUAGCAAGAUGGAUGGAAGUUCUCAGCAGAGUAGUUCUGGCUCACGGUAUCUUCAGAAGACGGAGAUGGAUUCCCCCUCUCUUCCAAAUGAAAGACGAGAGCGCCAUGCUGGGCUAGACAAAGAACGGGUUUUGGUGAAAGGAAACAAGUAA